CACAGAUUGGGCAUGCUUCGCACGUUCAAUGUCAACGACAGAAGUACCUAAUAACCAACGGUGUUCCUGCACUAACGUUUAACGAGCCAUACUUUUUACUUGCUUUAGCCACCUGCGAAUAAUUUACAUAAUUAGCUUACCACUCUGCACAAUUAAUCUUAAACCGAGCCUUUAAGAUGCGCUAAGUUGGCGGCGGGCUUUCGCCCACGCCGGGGCUUUGCUGUCCUUUACAUAAAAGAUUAAAGAGUAGACAAUAGGUAAAAAUGGAAUACGAGCCAGCAGAAUACCAGAAGCUUCAAAUUCGGCAGUAUGCGCCUAGGAGCAUCCGCGAGACCGCCGAGGGCAAGUACUGGCGCCGCUUUAAGGCGCCCAUUAUAGCAAAGCAGUUCGGAGCUGUCAGCCACAUCGAUUUCUGCCCACAGUACCCAUACAACCUAGCAGUCACAGCGUCGACGCGGGUCAUCCUCUACAACGGCCUAGCUCCCGCCAAAGUGGGUCGCACCCUCAGCCGCUUCCGUGACAUCGCCUACUCGGGCUGCUUCCGCUCCGAUGGCAAGCUGGUGGUGGCGGGAGGACAGGACGGGGUGGUGCAGGUGUUUGACGCCAACAGUCGGUCGGUGUUGCGGCAGUUCAAGGCGCACAAGCGGCCUACCCGGGUGGCUCGCUUCGCGCCCGACAGGCUGCACGUGCUGUCGGGCAGCGACGACGUAACCGUCAGGUGGUGGGAUGUCGCCUCCGGCACGCAGGUGUUGCGGCUGGACGGGCACCGGGACUACGUGCGCGCCGCCGCCUGCUCGCCUGCCGCGCCCGACACCUGGCUGACCGGCAGCUACGACCACACCGUCAAGCUGUGGGACGUGCGCACGGGCGGGGGAGCGGGGCCGGUGGUGGACCUGGACCAUGGGGCGCCGGUGGAGGAUGUGGCGUUCUUCCCGUCGGGCUCCCUGGCGGUCACCGCGGGCGGCAACUACCUGUGCGUGUGGGACCUGGUCAGCGGCGGCCGGCUGCUGCGGCGACUGGACAACUUCCAGAAGACCGUCACCUGCGUGCGCCUCUCGCCGCUGGCGGGACCCGACUCGGCGGCCGCACCGCGCAUGCUGGCGGGCUCGCUGGACGGACAUGUCAAGAUCUUCGAGCUGGACUCCUUCAAGGUGACCCACGCCUCCAAGUACCCCGCCCCCGUCAUGUCGCUGGGCAUCUCCCCCGACUGCCGGCUGCUGGCGGUGGGCAUGGCGGACUCCACCCUGUCCGUACGGAAGCACGAGCGGCCUAAGCGCGCGGAGGGAGGCGCCCUGGGCGGAGCGGCAGGCGGGGCGCCGCCGCCCAAGCCCAGGUGGCAGCCCAAGCUCACGGCCGCCAACUACCGCUACUUUAUCCGCGGGCAGAACAGCCGCGCAGCUGCCACGGACUUCCAAGUACGGAAGCAGCGGGCAGCCAAGCUGCAACCGUACGACAAGAUGUUGCGACAGUUCAGGUACCGUGAGGCCUUGGACGCUGCUCUGUCCACUCGCACACCCGAGGUGGUGGCCAGUGUGGUGGAGGAGCUGGCGGCGCGCGGGGGCCUGCCGGGGGCGCUGGGAGGCAGGGACGCGGAGGGGCUGAUGCCGCUGCUGAGGCACCUGAUCAGGCAUGUGGGGGAGCCCAGGUACACCCGGCUGCUGUCCCACGUGGCCCACCGACUGCUGGACUGCUACUCGGGGCUGGUGGGCGCGGCGCCCGGGGUGGACCGGCUGCUGCGGGCGCUGCACAGCCGGCUGGGCCAGGAGAUGGCGCUGGCGGGGCAGCUGAGCGAGCUGGCG